AGGUCCUCAAGUAAUGCAUCACCAGAUACUCCUCCAUCAGAGCAGUCAUUGUCCCCGCUAAGUGUGUCAUCAAACUCCUCCAGCAGCAACCAGACAUCUGCAGCAGACUGGGUGGACACCUUUGAGAUACCAUGGGAAAAGUUCUCAGAAGAACUGAUGCAGGCAUUAGAGAGAGGUAAACGGCCAAGUCCAAAAAUGAGGAAGGAGAUGGUCAGGAUUGUGGUGUCUGAAAUGAUGCAAAAAAGUUCUUACUUGGAUAAAAGGAGUUCUACAGAGGUUGCAAAGAAGAUGGUGGCAAAAUAUCCAAAAUCUCUACAAGACGUUAUCGAUGGAGAUGUCAUUGGCCCUGGCUAUCAUUCACUCGUCAAACAACUUCAAUAUCGAAUUGACAACGUGAAGCGAUCUACAAUGCCUAAAAUAAGAAAGCGAAAGCGCUGCUCUGAAAACUGACACAGAUGAAAUUCUUCAGGAACAGAGAGCUGCAAUUCAGGACACCUAUGGGUGUAUCAACUGGAAUGUAAAAUUCCUUCCUCUUGGAGAAACUGCUGAAAGUCAGCAACAGAAGAAGGACAAGCUCAAGAUGAUGUCUCUGCAGAAGGAGGCCAAUCCUGAGGAGAUGAAACAAUUACUGAGGACAACUUUCUACUCACAGCACAAAGAUAUUAACCAGGGGAAAAGCAUUCAAGAUGUCUUGGAAGCCUGGCCUGUUUUAUUUCAUGACAUUGGGAUUGCUGUACACUACAAGGAACUUACUGGACUUGGAUUGAAGGAAACCUUCAUGAGGAACAUGGAUAUGAAGGGAAGAAGACUGCUGAACUACAUGAACACUGUUUGUGUGAACAAAAACAAAAGGUUUUUCCAGGCUCAGACAAAGUUGAAGAUGUUAAGGGGAGAACUGGACGGUUACUCUGAAGAUGUUAAAGAGCUGAUGCUCCUACUUCUCUGCUACUUCAAUGAAAAUGAAGAAGCAAUGUUCUUCUGUGUGGAGGACACAUGCCUAGCUGAAGAAGUACAGAUGGAGAAUGUCUCCUUGACUCCCACUAUCAUUGUGUGUGGUCAAUCCUGCUUCCAUGCUAAACGAUUCAUGCUGAGUGUGGAUCAACAGAUUGGAAACAACAACAUCUCCUGUUUUAUUUCUGCCCUCUGCAUGAUGUUUGGGAGCUAUUAUUGUUUUAACAUACAUUAUCCAUCGGGGCUGGCGUCUACACUGGAGUUUCUGCAGAGGUGUUUCUUCUCAAUCAACCCAGACAAGGGCAGUAAGGUGGAAGAAACCCGUAAACCCAGACUGCGUGUGAACCCCCGUAUACUCACCUUGAUCCAGGAACUUUCGGAUCAUGAGUGGCAUGAUGUUUGAGAAAGGACUAAAGUCAGUGAGUUAUCA